AUGAUACUCCAAUUAACCCUCACUCUCGGCACCCUCACUACCCUCACCACCCUCUCCCAGGCCAUGGCCCUCACACCCCGCGGCGUCCCCAUCCCGACCCCAAUCCCCCCCAUGCUCCGCUUCCAAUGCUCCCAACUCGUCCUCGACCGUCUCGACCCCCUCGGUUCCCCGGGCCAAAUCCCCUCCCCCCACCUGCACCAAAUCGUCGGCGGCAACUCCUUCAACGCCACCAUGGACCCUGCGACCCACGACCUCCCGGGUUCUUCAACCUGUACAAGCUGUACGUUUACAGAGGACUUGUCGAAUUACUGGACGGCGGUGAUGUAUUUUCGCGAUUGGCGGAAUGGGACGUUUACGCGGGUCGCGCAGAAACCGAAUUUGGGACUGGAGGGUAACGGGGGGGUCACGGUGUAUUAUAUCCCGCCGCACGAUAACACCACACGCGUAGCGGCGUUCAAGCCCGGGUUUCGCAUGUUAGUCGGCGACGCGACGGCCUCGCCCACCAACCCCGGGCAGGAUCCAAAGGUGUGUCACAGAUGCAUGCCGGAGGACGGGGAUUUGGGGAAUUUGAACUGCGCGGAGCCGGAUACGAAGACGUUUCCGACGGGGUUUUGUGUGGGGGGGAUCAGGUCGGUGAUUACGUUUCCGACGUGUUGGGAUGGGGUUCAUCUGGAUGUGCCUGGGCAUCGGGACCAUGUGGCGUAUCCGGUGGAAGGGAAUUAUGAUAAGACGCCGGAUGGGGGGGUUUGUCCGGAUAGUCAUCCGGUCAAGAUUCCGCAGGUUAUGUUGGAGACUAUUUGGGAUACGACGCCAUUUAAUGAUGAGGCGCUGUGGCCUGAGGAUGGGUCACAGCCGUUUGUGUGGAGUACCAACGAUAAAGACGGCUACACCCAACACGGGGACUACGUCUUCGGAUGGAAAGAUGACUCCCUCCAGCGGGCCAUGGACGCCCGGUGCUUUGGGAACGUCUGUGAGGGAGUCUUAGCAACCCAGACGGUUGAGGAGUCGGUGACGUGCACGAUUCCGCAGACGGUGGUCGAGGAUGUUGAUGGAUGGCUUGACCGGCUUCCGGGGCAGGAGGAUAUGCCGAUGUAG